AUGGACCAGUAUCAAUGCCCACGAGACGACAUAGUUGCAAAACUGGCUGAGCUUCUCGAAGACAAGCGGAUUGUCCUCGUGAGAUACACGCCUGCUUCGGGUAAAUCAGCGCUGGCAUAUUUGCUCAACCGCUAUUGCUCUCAAAGGGGUAUACGAAGUGUUUUAAUCGACAUCUGGCCGCCGCCCGGCGAAGACCGUGGUAUCCAAUUUAUCAUCAAGUGCACCCAUAUGAAAGGCUAUACCGAUGUCAGUAAGGACAACAUCAUGGACACGAAACGCAUUCUGGAUGAAGUGCAGAUGUCCUAUGAUGACCCUGAGCUCUGGUUGUCGUUUACCAAGUUUCGACAUGGACGUCUAUGGGGCCCCAUGAUUUGCGCUUCAGCUACGGAAGCCCAGGCUCAGGAAAGCGAGCUUCGGUUUGGGCACUCCCUUGGCAGAGCUAGGUGUGCACAACGGGUGUCAAGCACUCUGUCAGCAUAG